UGCUUAUAUAAUUAUACAUUUAAUUUAUGACGUGGAAAACAAUUUGUCAAAAAAAAAAAAAUUAUGAUGUGGAAUAAACAAAAUUGACGUCGAACACGAGCCCAGAGCAGAGCCCAGGUUCAGCUAGCCGCGUCCAUGGAUCCCAAAUGCGAAAUCAAACCAUGCCCUAAUCCCCACCACCACCAUCACCACCACCAUCUCCACAAUAAUCAUCACCAUUGUCAAUCAUUCUUUUUCCCCCAUCAUCAUCAUCAUCAUCAUCAUCAUCAUCAUCAUCAUCAUCACCACCACCACCACCACCACCACUGCCACCGUCGUGUAAUCCCAAAUUUUGCAUCUUUACCCCAAACCCUAGAACCUUUUGGUUCCCCUGCUUUCCCCAAUAAUCAUACAUUGGAAGCUUCUGAAAAUGGAGGACCCGUCGAUUCUGCUCCUCGGGUAUUACAGGAGCAAGAGGAUUAUGGGUUAGAAGAGGAAGAGGAAGAGGAAGAGGAUGAUGAGCCUAUUUUUGUGCUAACUGAUGAGUGGAGGGACUUCUUUGCAAAAUCAGAAGCUAAGAGAAAACUGGAGAAGAAACAAGCUAAGAAGGGGAAAAAGUGAGGAAUGAUAUCUUAUCCAAGUUGAAAGAAGAAGAAGAGUUCUUUUGGGAGUUUUUUUGAAUAAUUUUCCAGGAGCUCAUUCUAGAUUCUCCCUGUAUCCUAAUUUUUUUUUUACUUUGUUAAGAUCACUGCCAUAUUCCUUUGAAUUUGCAAAAUUGACCCCCAUGAUGGGAUUUCUAAGAUA